AUGCGGAAAUUCGGCUGUCCCGAGCGAUUCAUUCGGAUAGUGCGUCAGCUGCACGGCGGUAUGAUGGCGCGAGUCACGGACAACGGAGCUGUCUCGGAGACUUUCGCAGUGACCAACGGAGUGAAGCAGGGAUGUGUGCUGGCGCCUACGCUCUUCAGUCCUGUGUUCUCUGCCAUGCUGAUGGACGCCUACCGCGACGAACGUCCCGGGAUCCGCAUCGCCUACAGGACGGACGGUCACUUUCUGAAUCAACGGCGGAUGCACUUCCAAUCGCGCGUAUCCACAACCACCGUUCACGAACUUCUCUUCGUCUACGACUGCGCCCUGAACACCAACUCGGAAGAGGAGAUGCAGCGGAGCAUGAAUCUCUUCUCCGCCGCCUACGAGAACUUCGGUUUGGUUAUCAGCACGCAGAAGACAGUGGUCAUGCAUCAACCGUCACCCAACACAGCCACUCCUCCCAACGAGCCGCCGCCGCAAAUCAACGUGAACGGCACCCAACUGCAAGUGGUGGAUAACUUCCCGUACGUGGGCUGCACCCUCUCCCGUAGCACCAAAAUCGAUGACGAAGUCGCUCGCGGGAUCUCGGAAGCCAGUCAAGCAUUCGGCCGCCUCCAAAGCACAGUUUGGAAUCGUCACGGUCUCAAAAUGAGCACGAAGCUGAAGAUCUAUAAGGCCGUCAUCCUGCCCACACACACACACACACACGACAGUUUGAGCGUCGAUUUCAACGAUGUCCACCGUUUGCCCCACAGCAGAUGGUGGGAACAGGGACGGUAA